UUUUACUUUUAUAGCACUAAAUCGUUUUUUAUUGCAACAACGUGUUGGUGGUACAAUAACACAAGAAUUAAGUAUGUUAAAGAUGCCACCGACGCCAACUUACAUCGAAAAUGUUAGUGAUAAGAGUGAUGGCAAGAAGAAAACGUUUCCGUAUGAGAUUGUUCAAGUCUGUGAUAAAACCAAUCAAGAGUUACUAAAUUUUUUUAAGGGAGAAAAAGACAGAUUUCUACAAAUAGGUCCAAAGAAAUGGCUUUUUCCAAGUGGAUACGAAGCUGAAGCAGCGAAUUAUUACAACUUUUCAAUUAGACCAGAUGAUGUGUUUAUAGUUACCUUUCCCCGUUCAGGUACAACAUUGACGCAAGAAAUGGUAUGGCUUUUGGAAAACAACUUGGAUUACUCAACAGCCGCUGGAAUUCCCUUAAAGCAACGAUUUCCUUUUUUAGAGUUUAGUUCUUUCGUUCAUAAAAAAAUGAUGGAGCAAUUUUUGGAAGAAAACCAGUCAUAUCCAGAAAGAUGUGCUAUGAUAGAAAAUUUGUGCUAUCCGCGUUGGAAACACUUACAGGGUACGAAUGGACGACGUUUUAUUAAAACACAUUUACCACUGAGUUUAUUGCCACCAAAUUUACUUGAUAGUGGAGCCAAGGUUAUAUAUGUCGCUCGAAAUCCUAAGGACGUUGCAGUUUCGUAUUAUCAUUUAUGCAGAGCUCAUAGGACGCAAGGAUUCACUGGCGAUUUUGCCCAAUUCUGGAACUUCUUUCAAAGUGGUUUAGUUUCUUGGGCACCAUACUGGGAGCAUAUAAAAGAAGGAUGGAGUAGAAGGCAUGAAAGCAAUUUAAUUUUUCUGUUCUAUGAAGAUAUGAACAAGAAUCUUGAUCCAGUCCUUCAAAAGUUAUCAAAGUUUUUGGGGAAAAGCUACUCAACAGAAGAAUUGUCCCAUCUAAGCAACCAUCUUAGUAUAGACAACUUCAAGAACAAUAAGUCAGUAAAUAACGAAGAUUUCAAAGAUUUGGGCAUUUUAAAUCGAACUGAAGGAAAUUUUGUUCGAUCUGGAAACAGUGGAGGAUGGAGAUCUUAUUUUGAUGAUGAAAUCAAUGGUCAAGCGGAUAAAUGGAUUGAAGAAAACUUAAGGCUACUGAAUAUUGAAUUUCCUAAAUAAAUGCAGUGGCGUGCUGGCCAUAUAAAUGAAUCGGUGCAAUCACCGAGAGGCCGCGGCCUCUUGAGGCCGGUCAAAUAGGUUUUCACAAACAUUUUUAGAUGUAAUAAAAAAAAUAUUUUUUAAUUUCCAAUCGGAUGUUAAUUUUGCUAAUAAUAUGAAUAAAACAUUUAAAAAAAUUUUUUUUUAAUUGUGAAAUACAGUUUAAGUAAACGAAUAAGACUCUAUAGUCUAUAUACAUAAGUAGACUGCUACAGAUAAUAUUAUUUAUUUUCAUACAUACAAGUAUAUUUAUAGUUUUCCAAUUUCCUUCAAACAUGUAUGUACUCUGCAGAAUAAAAAUGGAAAAACGUCUUGCACAUUUUUGACCGAAUUAUUGGAAGUAUCGAAAAACGAUUUGAUCAAGACAAAUGAAAUCGUUUUAUGAUGAUCUAAGCACUCUACAUCCUAGAAAUUUUGAUAUAAUAAAAAUGGUAUACUAAAAAAUUAAGAAAUUUUUAUCCUACCAUUUCUGCAACUGCUAUUAGAGAAGAACUCGUGGAUUUUUCUGAUAAAUGGAUUGUAUUAAAAAUAGGAUUUUGCACAAUACAUCCUGAGAUUAUAGAAGAUCGAGUUAAUGAUGAAUAUGUUCAGUCUACAGAAAAUAUGAAGGAUAAUAAUAUGUUAUUAUUAAUCUAAGUGAUAAUGAACAUGAAGUAACAAAUGACAAUAUCGAUAUCGUGAAAACUUCACCUCCGUGUGGUACUAAAAAGUGUAAAGAUUGUAUAGCUUGCUGUUACGCUGUUUUGCAUAAGUACAACUUAUAUCAGUGUGCUGUGUGCUUAUCCAAAUUUAAAUAUGUAGUAUAAUAUAAAGCAUUUAUUAACUCUUUCAGUGACACCAGUAACUUGCAAAAGAUUUGGGCAUUUUAAAUCGAACUGAAGGAAAUUUUGUUCGAUCUGGAAACAGUGGAGGAUGGAGAUCUUAUUUUGAUGAUGAAAUCAAUGGUCAAGCGGAUAAAUGGAUUGAAGAAAACUUAUUAAUCUAAGUGAUAAUGAACAUGAAGUAACAAAUGACAAUAUCGAUAUCGUGAAAACUUCACCUCCGUGUGGUACUAAAAAGUGUAAAGAUUGUAUAGCUUGCUGUUACGCUGUUUUGCAUGAGUACAACUUAUAUCAGUGUGCUGUGUGCUUAUCCAAAUUUAAAUAUGUAGUAUAAUAUAAAGCAUUUAUUAACUCUUUCAGUGACACCAGUAACUUGCAAAAAAAGCUUUUCAACAUUGAAAGGCAUAAAAAAUCGGUUAAGAAGUACUUUAACACAAGAUCACUUUUAUGCUAAUGGCUAUAGAAAAAGAAGCUUUGUAUCAGCUUAAAAAUGAUGGAAUAAUCGACGUAUUUGCUCAACAAUCUACUUUAAUGCGGCAAUUAUUGAUCAAGAGUUAAGUAAUUAUUUUAUAAAAUAAUCGCAAAAGAAUAUUUAGAUUAUUGCGUUGUAUUAACAUUUUAAAUAUUUUUAAAUUAAAGUAUUUGCACUCUACUUGCAUUUGUACUCUCUUGCAUAAUUAAUUUACUAAAAUUGAGCUUAAUACAUAAUUGAAAAAUUCUUAAAAUCUUAUUUUACUUUCAUCUUAAUUUACAUCAAAUUCAUAUUAUAUUUAUUCAGGAAAUUAUGGUUUCUGCGUUACUGCAUACAAUAUUGUCAUACAUGUCAUUUAUUAUUUGUAAGAUUAUUAUUCUUAAAUGAAAAAAUACAGCAAAUUAAAAAAAUCAUUGAAUUCGAAGUUUUAUAUUUGAUUCAAAAAUAAUUUUUAUUUUUGUUUUUUUUUUUUUUGUUUUUUUAAAUAACGAAUAAAACAUCCUGAUAAUAGAAGGUAAAAUGAGGAUGGGAGGCCGCUUUUCUAUAAAACCACCGGGCCGCUUGAAAAGUUCCAGCACGCCACUGAAUAAAUGCAGUUAACUUAUUUAUUUAAUAUUGAGUUAUUUUAAUAUUACUAUUGUAAUUGUUGUAAUAAACACGUUUGUCAUU